CCCAGGCCGUUUCUCCGCCUUUAGUCCUUGGCCUGUCCUGUAUGCACCCUGUUUCCCGUUUCCCCGUCCAAGAUGAUCCACAAGUCGCUGCCAAGUUUCGGUGGAAAGGGGGGGGGAUUAAAUUCCUUUUUUCCGGGAACGGAGGCGGCCGGCAUGUGUGAUCUCAGCCUCCUGGAAUCCAAGGGUCACUUGAGAUCCCGGGAUAGGAGGAGGCAGGACCGGGGGAUGGGUGGGGGAAAAUCGGACUCCCUCUAUAAAAAUCGAGCGACGAAGGUACACGCAAGAAGUGGAGGUAAUCCGAAGACCGAGAGACGGGGCAGAAUGGAGGUGCUUUCAGUAGACUUAUCAAACCUCCUGUCCUCCUCCUCAUCUCGCUCCCAGCAAGAAAUUGCAUUCAAGAUAAAAAAGGCACAUAACCAGACAGUCCACAUGCAAGAUCACUCAGAACAGCUGCUAAGAGACUAUGUAUUUCUUCAGGGGGCGCCUUUUGGAAGUGCUGAUUUCAACCCUUCCAUUCAGCCUUUCCCGGGCCUGCCGUUACCAUCGCUUUCUGCCAAGGCCUGGUUGGACCUUAGCGAUGCUGAGCGGCUCCAGCAGAACAACACAGCCUUCUCCAAUUUGCCAGAGUUCCUGGCAGCUGUGAAGCGCCAGCAGGAUGAGCUGAACCCCACUGCCGAUGACCUACAUCACCAGCUGAAGACUUCGGGCCUGGAGUGUCUUGGUUUGUCGAACAACCUUAACUCCAUUAUGGUUUCUAUGGGCAUUGUGCCUGGUCCAGCAAUGCCAGCUGAACCGCCAGGACUUGAGAGUGCCUUUUUCAUGAAACUCACUGGCUACCGUGUUUGCCAUCUCUACCGCGAUUGGGUCAACCGUUGUCAUAAGGACCUGACCCUCCUGGCUACGAAAUACCCCGCCUGAACUUGCUCCCUCACUGUAGUUCUUAACUUCCUGUCUACAUCCAAUGGGAGAGUUACAGUGUGUACCAUCCCAGUUGACUACCAUUUUUGUGUUUUGUGAGGGGAAAUAGGAGGGUAAUAUCUUCUCUCUACCUACUGAUAGAUUGAAGAAAUACAAUGCCCUUCCUUUGUGGGAAAAGGCUUUCUACGGUGCACCCCCACCGGUGCAAAACUGAACUGCUUGUCUUGCCUUUCUCCUUCAUAUUCUCUCCCCCCCACCCCACCUUUCAUAUCAAGGACAUUGAGGGAGAAAAUGUUUGCAGAGGAUGGCAUUGGCUCUCUCAAUUUUAACUAUUGACAGGGCCUGAAAGCCUUAAUUUUUUGUGAGAGAGGGUUGAUGGCAGCCAUUUUGGAAUGGGUGAUAGCUUCACCCUACAGCAGGCAGUUUGUGAGAGGUAUUUUGUCCUCUGAAUGCGGAAGAGCAGCUGUGUUCUUGACAGCAGGCCAGUAUAGGAAGGGGAGAGCAGAGCCAGGGUGCUCGAUUCUAACAUUUGGCUUUCUGAAACUUCCCUAACACUAAACAUUAAGGAAGUGGUCCUCAAAAGCAUUGGAACAAGUUCCUGUCCAUUCAGUAUCAUGGGGGUGGGGGCUCAGCAUGGCUGCUGUUCUUUCCAAUAUAAGCUCUGUGCCUUUUCUUAACCUCUGUGUGGCAGAUACAGCAAUUCAACAGGGGCAGCCCUUGUUCUGUAUAUCAUUAGUGGCACAACCCUAUACCUAUUGAACUUCUUGUCACAGUUGCUUAAAAGGUGCAGAGCCUGUGCUGAGGUGGGAUUAAGAUGGCAUCCUUAUGAGCAAGGAAGCUUGUGGCAUUGUUCUCAUUCAACUUGAACCCCACUGCUGGGCUGUGAGAGCCAAUGUGGUAUAGCGGUUAGAGUGUUGGACUAGGUUCAAAUCCCUUACUCAGCCAUGAAAGUCACUGGGUGACCUUGGGCCAGUCAGUGUCUUUCAGCCUAACCUACCUCACAGGGUUGUUGUGAGGAUGAAAUAAAAAGGGGGAGAACCAUGUAUACCACCUUGGACUAUUUGGAGGAAAGGUGGGAUUAUAAACGUAGUAAAUUUUUUUCAUUGGCACCAUCACCCUCUUCACUGCUGAGUUAACUCUCUCACAGAAUUAGGUCAUCUAUUGGAGCAACCUUUACCUAUUUCCUGGUCUCUUGCUAACCCUUUAAUAGCCUUUUUGCCUUUUUAUAAACCCUUUAUAACCCUUCCCACAUCACCCCAUACUCUAGUUCUGGGGAGGAGGCCUCUUUCUGUACAGGCUCUGUUUCUUUGACUCUGGUUUUGAGUCUCUUUUCUUUAGGGCUUAAAGACUUUAGUUUCUACUGUAUGUAUUAUUUUUAUAUUAAUAAUAUAUGUGAAUAUAUAUAUAUAUAGCUGCAAGUUAAUUAUAUGAAUAUUGUUAAAUUAAACUAUUUUAGUA